AUGAAAACAGUUGCUUUGAUUUCGCUAUUUGGCAUUGCUACGCUUGCUCAUCCAACCGGUCUUUGGUGGGGUACCGAUGUGUGCUACACCAGCCCAGAGAACGUUGAUAACCAGUGCUCGCCCGCCCAACAGGUUGGGUUCGACUGGUCUGAGCUUGGGAAUGGAGACAAUUGGAGCUACGAUGGCUUCAACUUCAUUGGAUUUACCGCCAAGAAUGGUUGCCAGGGAUCUGAUGCCGAUGAAAAUUGUAUUGGUGGACAAUUGAACCGCGAUGAUGGUUAUACCCUCGAGGUAAACACUGCCGAUUCUCCGUUCUCUAUCAGCUCUUUCCACCUGUCGACUUCUCGGGAUACGGAUGUCCUCAUCACAUACGAGAUGCCACAUGGCCGCCCUUGUCGCCAGAUUGCUUUCAGUUCCCGCCAAGGAACCGACGUUCACAACGAGCAGUGUGGCGGUGCAACCAGCGUCAAGUUCCAGCUUCCUGAAGAAAGCAAGUUCGGCGAGUGUACUUUGGACAUCCACUCAAUCAAUUUCGACUGCUCAGCUGGACCCAAAAAUCCAGGUCACCCUGAUGAUAGUUGGUCUGAGCCUCAGCCGGAACCUACUCACAGCGUGCCUACGGUCCCUGUCCCUGUUGAUAGUUGGUCUGAACCUCAGCCGGAACCUACUCACAGCGUGCCUACGGUCCCUGUCCCUGUUCAUGAACAUCAUACUACUUCGACCGUGGAAGUCACCUCGCCCCCUGCUCCAGUGCAUGAGCAUCAUCCCACAACUGUGGUGGUGGUCCCUUCCCCUCCCAAGCCGAUGACUACAGUGUGGGCUACCACUGAAGUUACUAUCACCAACUGCGGACCUACCGUCACCGACUGUCCUGCUCACUCUACUGUUGUUCGUCAUUCCACAUACACAUUAUCGACUACCACGUGUCCUUCACAAACUACAGAGAUCAGUGCUGGUCACCCAUCUCCUCCACCACCUCCCCCCGCCCCCGUUACUACAAGCCCGGCCACCACUCCUGCCCCAUGCCCCGAGCUGGUGCCCAAGUGCUUGAACACAUGGCUCUCCGUCCCCAAGUGUGACUCCAACAGCGAUGCAGCUUGCUUCUGUCCGUCUUCUGAGUUCACGGACAAGGUCCAAUCCUGCAUCCACGCCUGGGGCAGCUCCAAGCACGAAGUUGAUUCUGCACUUUCUUACUUCGCUGGAAUUUGUGCACCAUAUGUUCCUCAGAACCCUUCCAUUAUCGAUAUUGUUCCUACCCCCGUCCCCACUGCGGUCCACACUGAGCCUCAGCCUGCUGGAACUCCUUGCACCACUCUCACCUGGUCCUCCCACACGGUCACUGUCCCACAGGUUGGGUUCAACACAGUCACUGGUAGCUCCACAACCUCUGUGUGUCUUACCGCCGGUACUCCAGCAAGUGUUCCUGUUCCUUCGGAGACCGGACACAAGGAGCACUCAUGGUCUUCUACGUCUACUUCUACUCUGUCGACUACCGCCCCCUGCUCGACCCACACUUCUACCUUCUAUACGACCAUUGCGCCUAAGACCACUGGGCACCAUCCCACUACCACUAAGCCCGCUUCCAAGCCUACUGAAACUGUCGUUCACGCCAAUGCUGGAGUGAAGCCAGUCAUCAGUGGUAUCUGGGCCUUUGGUGUGAUGUUCUUGGUGCUGGCUCUUAAUUAG